AUGGCUGACUCGGCGAAAGCGGAUUUCCUCCAAGGGGAAUUUGACGACGCCAUAUUCUCCAUGACAGACUUUGAGAGCAUCACGUUCGACGCCAUGGGCGACAUGGGCUUAGCAGACGAUGGUCUCGCCGCCAUGAGCGCCGCAUUGAACGGGCUGUCCGCCACCAGCGCCGGUGCUACAAACGCGGCUGCGUCCGGUGGAGCGGGUGUGCCUGUGCUGGAGAACAAGGGGGAGGCGCUUGGGGGGAGGACAACAGGGGAGGUGAAACUGCGAACUCCAACCGCUAAGUCAAAUUUAAAACGGGUCUUUGAGCCUGCCUAUAUGGAGGACAGUGACGGGGCGGGGUUUGAAGGUGGCAAUUCCAUGAGCGCUGGUAACCACAUGAAUGUUACAGAAUCAGGGGAGCAGCAAGGGGGGAGGGUGGAAGGAGUGCGCGUGGCAGGCGCUGCUGCUGCCACGUCAUCACCUCAAGUUCAGGGGGGAGGGAGGGUGGUGAGCCCGUCAGUCUCCCACAGCAGCAGGCACGGCAGGCAAGCGACAGCAACAGCAGUAACGCAGCAACAGCAGCAGCAGCAGCAGCAGCAGCAGCAGCAGGCGAUGUUGCAUCAGCAAUCUGUGGCACAACAGCAAUCGAUGUCCCAGCAGCAGGCAGCGGCACAGCAGCAAGCUAUAGCCAGACAUGCGUUUCAGAUGGCAUCUUGGCAGGGGCACAUGGCAGGAGGACAACAAGGGCACAUGCAAGGUGCCACCAAUCAGUCGAUGAAACAAGAGCAGCUUGAGGGGCAGCAGAUGCUGCAACCCGGGGGCCUGCCACCCCCCUUUGUCUUUCCCCCCGGCAUGCUCCCUGGAAGCGCCUCUGGCGCUGCCUUGCCACGCCCCUUCGCAGUGGGGAGCAUGGGGAGCAUGGGGGGAAUGGGGAGCAUGGGGAGCAAUGGGGGGAUGGGUGCCAUGGGGGGCAUGGGUAGCAUGGGGGGGAUGGGGGGCAUGGGGGCGGGGAGUGUGGGCGCUGCUUUGCCCGGCCCAUUGUCCAGAGCUGUAGGUUCGGUGUCGGGGGGAGUGGGAGGACUGGGUAGGGCCGUGCCUGCCUCCCCUUCUGCUGCUUCUGUGCCUGCUGCUACCGGCACUUCUGCUGCCAGUGCUGCUGCCGCUGCUGCUAUGGCUGCUUCUGCUGCCGCUGCUGCUGCUGCUGCUUCUGCCGGCCCGUAUGCUAAAAUGCGCCGAGUUGCCUCUGCUGGACAGCUGUCGCAUUCCCAUUGGCCGGCUCCAGCAGCAGCAGCAGCGGGCGGGCACAUGGAUGCGCAUGCGCACAUUGGUGAGGGCAGCACAGGGGAGCAAGGGGAGGAGGCACAGGGCCGAGGGGCAGAGAGAUUGGGGGGGGCAGGCGAUAUAAGAAGUACAGGCAAGGCAGGAGCAGGGGCAGGAGGAGGGGCAGGAGCCGGGAAGGACGGAGGAGCAGGAGGUGCACCCGGUGCUGGGUUCUCUGGUAUAGGGGCCGAUGGGGCAGAGAGCAUGCGUCGUGUUGCAGGGAACCCAAUCAUGCAUGUGGGCAGCCAUGGCGAUGGGGAUGGGGAUGGUAACCACAGCAAUGGCGAAAGUGGCGAAGGGGAGACUGGUGAUGGCGAGGAUGGGGAAGAAGAUGAGCUGAAGCCCCUCCCAUCCCCCAUCCUGCGUGCCCGCAGGGCCAUGGCCAUGGGCGCAGGCAUGGGCAUGGGGGCAGGCAUGGGCAUGGGAAUGCACAUGGGUAUGGGUAUGGGGAUGAGCAUGCAGCGUAGCUUCAGCAGCCAUGCGUUGGGUCAGCUGCACAUGCAGCACAUGCCAGGCCUCCCACCACUCCCCCCCCCUGCAGCAGCAGCGCCGCAUCUGGCAGGACAGCACAUGCCUGUGGGCAUGGAGGGGGGGGUUAUGGGCAUGGGCGAGGGGUUAGCUGGAGGGGGCGGGGGAGGUGGGAUGAUGGGGUCUCGAAGUAUUUCAAUGGGUGGUGGUGCUGCUGCUGGUGCGACUGCUGCAUCAGCAGGCUCGUAUGGCACUGGCGCUGUCAGUGCCAGUGCUGCUGCCGCUGGCACUGCUGGUGGUGCUGCUGGUAUGAGUGUGGUAGGGGAGGGUAUGAUGGCAGAGGCCGCAGGAGCAGGAACAUCAGCAUCAGCAGCAGCAGCAACGGCAGCAGCAACCACCGCAGCAGCAGCAGCAGCAGCAGCAACGGCAGCAGCAACCACCGCAGCAGCAGCAGCAGCAGCAGCAGGCCUGGCAGGAGGCGGAGGGUUUGGAGGGGCGCAUUUUGCAGGCAUGGGGGGGGGAGGCAUGAGCGGCGUUGCAGGGAUGGGAGGCAGCAUGGGGGCUCCAAUGCUGCCGUCCUUCAGCAACAUGAGACGAGCUCACAGCACAGGCGACAUCCAGUCCCUGGCAGCAAUGCGCUCUCUAGCCAUGGGCUUUGGUCACCUCCCAGCACCACCUGGAGCAGCAGGGAUGAGUCCCUUUGAUGACCGCAUGGGCAUGGGCAUGGGAAUGGGCAUGGGGGUGUUUCGGAUCGGGCGGUAUACAUUGGAGGAGCGGCGGCAGCGGAUCAUGAAGUACCGGCAGAAGAGACAUGAGAGGAACUUCACCAAGAAGAUCAAGUACGCGUGUCGUAAGAAUCUGGCGGACAGUCGGCCGCGCGUGAGAGGCAGAUUCGCACGCAACGAUGAGAUUGAGGAGCAUGAGCAACAGGACAAGGAUAGUCACAGUGGGGAUGGUGCUGAUGCUGACAAUGCAUGCACUGACGCUGACGUGGACAUCUCAGGUCCGCAUGGCACGUCAUCGCAUGACAUGUUGUCCACGUCACAUGCUGAUAUGUUUUCAGCAGAGGACUUUUCUGACAUGCUUUUGGACGGCCCCUUCGGGUCCGAUACCAUGGCGCUCACACCGUUCGGCAACGAUCCGCUGUUCAACUCGCUUCUCCGGCUGUCCCACAUCCCAGACGAGUUUAGCACUCUUUUCGACGCUCCGACAUCCAAGUUCGUGAGAGACAGCAACGCGAUGGCGUCAACUGCCGUUGACGUGAAAGAGACUCCCGAGGCCUUCAAGUUCAUCGCGGAUCUCCCGGGCCUGAAGAAAGACGAGGUGAAGGUUCAAAUCGAAGAUAAGAAUCUGCUGACUAUCAGCGGCGAGCGGACCAGGGAAGUUAAGGAAGAGACGGAGAAGUAUCACCGCGUGGAGCGGAGCACUGGCAAGUUUCUGAGGCGAUUCCGUCUUCCUGAUAACGUGGAAGUGGAUAAGAUCGCGGCGACCUCGGAGAAUGGUGUUCUUACCGUGACUGUGCCUAAGUUCAAGCCACCAGAGCCGAAGAAGCCGGCUAUUGUAGCUAUUCCCAUCAACUAG